AGCUUUUUUUGCGGUUUCAUUUAUUUGUUUCUUCCUUUUCUUUUUUCGGUCUCUCUUUAUAGUUUUCCUAUGAACAAUGGAAUUUCUGCAGAGCGCCGGGAUCCGCGUUUAUCGAUCAUAGCGUAGAAUCCAAUUCGCAUCACUCAUUCUUUGCGCGUAAUCUCCAUUGUUGACAUUAUCUUUUCCUUAUCGCAGGUUUUCGGGUUCAAUUAGCUAAUGGAGGCUUAGAGGCCAUAGCGUUGUUUCUUGGGAAGCUGCGUUGGAGUUUUUCGGGUGACAAAAGAAGCGAACAAUGUCCGCGAGGAGUGAACAUCACACGGUCCCACUUUCGGUGCUGCUGAAGCGAGAAUUAGCCAAUGAGAAGAUUGAGAGACCGGAAAUUGUUCACGGUCAGGCCAGUCAGAGCAAGAAAGGGGAGGAUUUUACUCUGUUAAAGACUGAAUGUCAAAGGAUGGUUGGAGAUGGUGUUUCUACCUAUUCGGUUUUCGGGUUAUUUGAUGGACACAAUGGAUCUGCAGCUGCUAUUUACUCGAAGGAGAACCUCCUUAGUAACAUAUUAAGCGCUAUCCCUUCAGAUCUUAAUAGAGAUGAAUGGAUUGCAGCCUUGCCAAGGGCUUUGGUUGCCGGCUUUGUCAAGACAGACAAAGAUUUUCAAGAGAGAGCACAAAUGUCAGGAACGACUGUCACCUUUGUGAUUAUUGAAGGAUGGGUCAUUACUGUUGCAUCGGUUGGUGAUUCCCGGUGUAUACUUGAAGCAGCUGAAGGUGGCAUAUAUUACUUAUCCGCAGAUCAUAGGCUUGAUAGCAAUGAAGAAGAGAGGUUGCGUAUCACAGCAAGCGGAGGCGAGGUGGGUCGACUUAAUACUGGUGGAGGUGCCGAGAUUGGUCCUUUGAGGUGUUGGCCUGGUGGCUUGUGUCUUUCACGAUCUAUUGGGGAUAGGGAUGUUGGCGAGUACAUUGUUCCUGUUCCUUAUGUUAAGCAAGUGAAGCUGUCUACUGCUGGUGGCAGGCUUAUCAUCUCAAGUGACGGUGUAUGGGAUGCUUUAAGUGCAGAAGCUGCUCUUGAUUGUUGCCGUGGGAUGCCAGCAGAAGCUGCAGCUGCACAAAUCGUGAAGGAGGCUUUACAGGCAAAGGGACUUCGAGAUGACACAACCUGUAUUGUUAUUGAUAUAUUGCCUCAGGAGAAGCCACCUGCUCCUUUGCCCCCACCUAAGAAGCAGGGUAAAGGAGUAUUUAAGUCCAUGUUCCGCAAAAAGUCAAAUGAAUCAUCUUCUUAUAUUGAUAAAGAGUACAUAGAGCCAGACAUGGUGGAGGAACUAUUUGAGGAGGGAUCUGCUAUGCUUUCAGAAAGGUUGGACACGAAAUAUCCACUUUGCAACAUGUUUAGGCUGUUUAUGUGUGCUGUUUGUCAAGUAGAAAUGAAACCAGGAGAGGGUAUUUCGAUACAUGCUGGCUCAUCUCAUCCUGGAAAAUUGCGCCCUUGGGAUGGUCCCUUCCUUUGCUUAAGUUGCCAAGAGAAGAAAGAGGCCAUGGAAGGGAAGAGACAAUCGGGAGAUAGGUAUAGUAGUGGAAGUGACUAGCCAACCCUCGGCUAUUUUUGCGUUUUGAGAGCAUUAACAAUUAUUUGGAUGUUGAUCACAAUUGGGAAGCCAGAGCUUUUUCACCACAUAAGUUUCCUUGUGGGGAAUGUUCAGUAUUUAGGUCCAUUAUGACAUUCCGUAUCUUUACUUUGGGCCCCAUUUGGAUCUGUGUCAACUUUUCAUGUUCCAAGUCGGUAGAUCCUGGCUAAGGCUGCCACUUGCUUUUAGGAGGAUCUCUGGUUCUGACUUCAGAGUGAUGAAAAACAGCGCAAAAAAUUUUGCUGAGAAAAAGGGUCGUGGAAGGAUUGGGUAAAACUUGCCUGUGCAUAUCGUGUUGGAGGUAAUCAUUUUUCUUUAUGGAUCCACACCGUUCCAGUUCAUAGAGCUAACACUGAGUGAAAGUAAUCUAGGAUGUAAUGUUACUAUAUAUAGUGAGUUCUUUGAGACCUGAUAAAACUUCCAUUGCAAAUUAGGAAAAAGCUUGUGCCGCUCAACAGUAUGAAUUUGUUAUCCUUAAAGGAAUGUUAUUUAAAAAAAAAAAAAAGCUUUAAAUAGGCAAUUAAAUCACUUUUUGCCUUUUUUUUUCUUUUUUCUUUUUUCCUUCUCCUUUUUCAGUAAAGACUUUUGAUUCACAGUUAUCCUUGACUGUGUUGAUACAACAGUCGGUUCAUUGCGUGGAAGGGCCUAGAUUUCUUUGUAAAUACUCUUUUUUACCUUUGCUUUAAUAACAUUUUAUAUUACACUAUUUACAUCUCA